UGGGACUGGGAAUGUGAUCUUAGGUCAGUCUGGCUGUACCCUUGCCACUGUAACCUCAUCUAUAAUUCCUGCAGUACUUGUCCGCUCCUCUUUAGGGGUACCCCGUCCCUCCUGUCUCUGCCCUACACAGCAGCCUCCUCUCUCAUUAUUCUGUAAUGCGAGUGUGACUGUUUUUAUUGAACUAUCUCAACAGUUCACAAGCAAGUUCUGUUUCAUUAGGAGGAGACUGACCCGUGGGCUAUGGGGUUGAUAGCCCUGUCCAACCAACAGCUGAGAAGGGCAGAACAGAUUCCCUGCUCGCCCUGUGCUCUCUCCUGCCUCUUGAUGCUGUUUUAAGUCCAGGUCCUCAGUUCCCUUCCCAAAAAUCUCUCCCUGACAAAGGUAGGUGGGUUGCAGGGGUCUCCGGGGUGUGAGAGAACACUCUCCCCUGCCAGGCUGGACAGGGUCCACCAGCCUAGCAGGUGGCACAUUCCAGAGCCACCCUAGCAGAGGAGCUGGAAUGCUGUCUAACCACCCAGGAAAUUCCGCUGCCAGCCUAGGAGCAGCCGCUUCCUCCUCUUGGCUUUAGACUCACUAACCUGGGACUCGUGAGAAAGAAGCAGGGAGUCGAGCAGGGGAAGGGGCUGUACCUGCUGGGCUUGGCUCUGCGUUUGACUCUCUGGGAAUCUUGAGUGAGACCUUGAGCCUCCUAAUUUGUGGUCUUUGUUUUUUAACCUGAGGAAUGGGUACAUCUUGGCUUCAUCACAGUUGGGAAGUCCUGAAGAGGGACCUCUCUGCUGGAGAUGGAGCAAAGAGCCAGAGCUUGGGAGUUUGGAGUCCAAGAUGAAUGGGCAGGGGGCUCCCUGGGGAUGGACGGGACUUGGGCCUUGCAGGGUAGGAAGUAGCCCUCAGGGGCACAGCAGAAUUCUGUUAUUUGCUACUUUUGUGGCCCUGGAAGGUUUCUUCAGCCUGUGGGUACCUCCAGAUUAAAUAUGAGGAGGUUUAUGAAGCCACCUAACAAAUGGUCACAGAGAACGCUCAGCUCUCGAGUGGAGACAGGUGGUAGACGAUGAAGGAAGCCGUCACUGAAUGAGAUGGAACAAUUCGACUGCUUCAGUUGAACUGAGACAGAAGGGAGCCCUCCAGGCAGCUGCUUGCCUUGAAAAAUGCUGGAGGCUGGGCGGGGGCCCAGGCCCGGGAACCUGUUCUUCCUGUUUCCUGCCUCAGUCCCAGUAGCUGGUCCAGGCCUGUGCACAUGCGAGUGAAGAACUGGAACGGACGCUGAGCAUCCUCGUCACACCAAGAGCAGGAGCUGAUCGGGUCCAGGGCAAUGGCAGCAGGCCUGGACUCCUGGAAUAGUACCAUCAAUGGCACCUGGGAGGGGGACGAACUGGGUUACAAAUGUCGCUUCAACGAGGACUUCAAGUAUGUGCUGCUGCCCGUGUCCUAUGGCGUGGUGUGCGUGCUCGGGCUGUGCCUGAACGUCGUGGCCCUCUACAUCUUCCUGUGCCGCCUCAAGACCUGGAACGCCUCCACCACCUACAUGUUUCACCUGGCAGUUUCUGACUCUCUCUACGCAGCCUCCCUGCCGCUGCUGGUUUAUUACUACGCCCAGGGUGACCACUGGCCAUUUAGCACAGUGCUCUGCAAGCUGGUGCGUUUCCUUUUCUACACUAACCUCUACUGCAGCAUCCUCUUCCUCACCUGCAUCAGCGUGCACCGGUGCCUGGGGGUCCUGCGCCCUCUGCACUCCCUGAGCUGGGGCCAUGCCCGCUAUGCCCGCCGAGUGGCUGCGGUUGUGUGGGUGCUAGUGCUGGCCUGCCAGGCACCCGUGCUCUACUUUGUCACCACCAGCGUGAGAGGGACCCGAAUCACCUGCCACGACACCUCGGCCCGAGAGCUCUUUAGCCAUUUUGUGGCUUACAGCUCUGUCAUGCUGGGUCUGCUUUUUGCUGUGCCCUUUUCCAUCAUCCUGGUCUGUUACGUGCUCAUGGCCCGACGGCUGCUCAAACCGGCUUAUGGGACCACAGGUCUGCCUCGGGCCAAGCGCAAGUCUGUGCGCACCAUCGCCUUAGUACUGGCCGUCUUCGCCCUCUGCUUCCUGCCUUUCCACGUCACCCGCACCCUCUAUUACUCCUUCCGAUCACUUGACCUCAGUUGCCACACCCUCAACGCCAUCAACAUGGCGUAUAAGAUCACCCGGCCACUGGCCAGCGCCAACAGUUGCCUUGACCCUGUGCUCUACUUCCUGGCAGGGCAGAGACUGGUCCGCUUUGCCCGAGAUGCCAAGCCCGCCACAGAGCCUACACCCAGCCCACAGGCUCGUCGCAAGCUGGGGCUGCACAGGCCUAACAGAACUGACACUGUGAGGAAAGAUUUGUCGAUCAGCAGUGAUGACUCAAGAAGGACAGAGUCCACACCAGCUGGAAGUGAGACUAAGGACAUUUGUCUAUAGCAGCUCAGUCAGGUGUCAGUUCAUGUAGGGGAGAGCUGUAGGGGACCAAGGCUUGUUCAAAGGGGCUGAUAUCCUCUGAUAUGAUAUCAACGGCUCUCAUUUGGCAGGGACUCAGGAUACUCAUCCUGUGGUCCCAAGAGUGACAGGACCCCAAAGUCCCCAAUCAUUUGUAUGUGUGAGUUGGGGAAUCGUAUCUAAGGCAACGCCACCUGACUCCCAUGCAAACAGCUGCCAUUCCUGCCAAGGUACCUAGGCCGAGCUUCAGCCUCUUAAAUCCAAGGGAGAAGCAGGCCCAGGGAGAACACAGCAGAGUCCAGACUAGCUACCUGGAUUAGAAGUAGAAUCGCGGGGUUGGGGAUUUAGCUCAGCGGUAGAGCGCUUGCCUAGCGAGCGCAAGGCCCUGGGUUCAGUCCCCAGCUCCGGAAAAAAAAAGAAAAAAAGAAAAAAAAAAGAUUCUAACUUUAGGGGUUGGGAAUUUAGCUCAGCGGUAGAGCGAUUGCCUAGCAAGCGCAAGGCCCUGGGUUCGAUCCCCAGCUCCGGAAAAAAAAAAAAAAAAGAGAGAAGUAGAAUCGCAAGGUGACUGGAGGGCUUUUGUUCCCAUGGUGAUGUAGGAUGUACCUGGGCACUAGACUCAGCUCAGAGGAGGACACUCAGGCCAAGAGACAAGAAUCUGAGAGCUAUUGUCAGGACCAUCUGGAGACUCCCCUGGGCUAGCAGCAGGUGGAAACCGUAACUUUUAUGAGAGGCUGUGCCACCCAUUGGGCUGUGCUCUGGGGCACGGCCUAGUAAGCUAGCACCACCCACACGAAGGCCUGUUAUCUCUGCCAUCUGCCUUCCUUCAGUAGUAGGAAGGUUCGGAUCAGGGAUCCCUCCUCAGACCCCCCAGGUCAAUCCUGCUUUUAAGGAUGGUACCAUACCAGGCACGGAGAAGACUCAAAUAGGGUUCUAGUUCUUGGGGUCCCCAGUUGACAAAACUUCACGUAAGCUCGUAAACAUCGAACCAUUUAACUGAACUGGGGUGGGGAGGGGUUUUUUAUUUAUAACACUGCCAACCCUUGUGGUACAAGCAAUCCCACUGUGGCCAAUCCUAUUUCAAUUUUAAAUUACUAACACAAUGGCAAGCCCAUUGCAAAAUUCCUGAAAAUCAACAACUGGUUCUCCCCUCCCCAACCCCCGGGGCUUGUGGGGGAGGGCAGUGCGGCUGAUUAGGCAAGAUCUGGGGUAACCAAAGGCGGCCUUUGAAUUUGCCACGUAGCUGAGGCUGGCCUUGAACUCCUUACCCUCUUGCCUCUAUAGAGAAAGUGCUGGGAUUGCAGGCAGAUGACACACCUGUCCAACAACUGGUUCAUAAAGGCAGAUGCAGGGUACUUCACACACACCCGUGCUGGGCAGCUGGGACUGCCAGGGAGAGGUCCUUAGCAUACAUGAAAGUGGACAGGGACAGCUCUGGGGUUUAGGCAGGAAUAGACAAAGGUGACAAGCCUCACGACCUCAGGGACAGGAGGUCCCUGUGAGGGCCCUGCCUACCUCCUGUAUCUCCCCUCUCCCCUGUCAGCCAUUAAAGAUGAGGCAUCCUCA